AUGAACGCGUGCAACGUUGGACCUCAUGCAAUCGUAGACCCGACUAGCGAUGUCUUCGUUACAAGACACAAACAUGUACAAGAUUUGAGAACACCUUGUUCGGACAGAUCGGAUGUCCUGAGAGUCUUUCGUCGAGAUUGUGAAGAGUGGUCAACAACCCAUCGGCGUGAAACGCGCGGUGAAAUGCCACAUAGCCGUGCAUCGUGUAGAGAUGUUCAAGUCGAUGCUAUCGGCAUGCGUGACGCCACGUUUGUCAACAGGGAGUUACCCAUAUCCAAAGAAGGAGUACCAAGAGGUAACAAGGAUGUGUUUACCGAAUUGAGAAACAUUUUACCAAACAUUCGAACGCGCGAUUUGGACAUAUUAUUGGAUUAUGAGCGUGAGCUAUCCAACACGGUCUCAAGAUAUAACAAAAGAAUCAGAUGCAUUCUCCAGAGUACUGAGCGAGUCUUUGGUCGAAUACGUGGUCAGAGAAUUGGACUGCUCAUCGAUGCCUCGGAUGCUAACUUGGCGCACGGUAGAGAUGGCGUAUUACGCACACAGCUGUUGCAAUUGCUGAAUGAACAAUUAUCCCAGAGGAACGUUCAGCACAUGUACCUCGCGACCUAUGGAACACGGACGUCCUCAUGUUGGCAAGACCCCAUUGGUGUGGAUGAACAUGCGAUAGAGAAAGCCAAGGACUUUGUGCAGGAACAAGUGCGACCAGCCGGUGGUUCCAACUUGUUGGGUGGGAUCAAACACAUAUUCAUCCACGGCAGAGGACUUCUAGACUGCGUCGUCAUCAUUUGUGGCAGUCGUCCCGAUCAAAAUGGACAGUUUAUCGUAGAUUACACAAACCAGAUACUCGCCGGCAGCAGGCUCCCCCGUCUUCACUUGGUGGCCUACGACUGUCCAGACCCAUGGACGAAUCACUUUCUAAUCGAGUGGGCCAAUGCUAGACCGGAUAACGUGUUUCAUCGCUACCGUGCGGCGGUGGACGCCUCGGUUUAUUUGAGUAAUGAGGUAGCUCCUUUGUUGCGGAACCUACAAGCUGCUCAGACGUUGUUGAAUAUCGUGCGCCAAUUAAAAAUACGGAGCGAAUUCACCAGUGAUAUAACAAAGUAUGCCAAAGAAAAUGAACAAAAUGUCACAGAGUUACCGCCAGACUCCAUGACAACAAACGGAGCGCAAUUGUCCGGUGAGGAUCUACUUCACGAACCGCUCGAUCUUCGUCGAAUACAUCAACGUUCCUCCGUAUGUACCUCAGCUAGCUGGAUCGAAAGGCAGGGAAUCAAAGCGCGAAAGUUGGAUCUCUUCCAGGUACAGUAUCGUGCCAAUUGA